UAUUUCGUUCCAGUGUCUAUUUGGGGGCUGGGAAGUUACAAGAUGAGGCUAGGUCAAGUGGACAAGAAGAGACGGGUUUCAUCUAUUGAGGACUCUGCUGAGUAGCAUUUUCCUCCUGGACAAAUCCACUGAGCACUGACACCAGAACAUUCUAGAAGAGAUGCUGAAUCCAGUAUUGAUUAAGUUCUGAUAGCCUAGAGUUUUAAAAAGUAAAACUCAUGCUCUCUAAAAUGCACAGAAUAUUCCCCUAGAAUCCAGUACCUUACAUUCCAGCUAGCUUUUUAAAUGUUGUUUUCUCUUUAAUUUGAUGGCCAAGAGUUUGAUAAUCUGGAUAAAUGCCUAUUCCCUAACACAUCAACAGCUCUUGGCUGAUUUUUGGUACUCACCUUAUUUAGAUACUCUUAUUUCCUGACCACCUGUAGCCCUUGAUGGCAACACAGAAAUAUCUCUAACCAGGUCCUUCUCUAUCUCCCAUUCAGUCUAGCCACACAUUAGGCUCUCUCUUACUCUCAGACUCACGAUCUUUCUUCACAUCUAUUUUUAGUUUUCCUGGCUCAAGCUUCUUCAGGCCACUGAAACACAACCCUCAUUCUCUUUCUUUCCCUCUGGCAUGCAUGCUGCUGGUAGGAGGCUCCCAGGUAAAAAUUGCUACGAAAUCUUUUGGUACUCCUUCCUCAGGAAAACCUAUGGCUUCAGGAGGAACAGAAGGAUAGGUUAAUGGAUGGCUCAGUUUUUUAAGCUGUAUAUAAGUUGGACGACCUUCUGAUGGGCUUUAAACUUCGAAUUGGAUGUGGACAUUUUCCUCUCAGAUGACAGAAUCACGCCAAGUUCCCCUUUGCAACUGAUUUCUUUCCUUGAAGGUAGCUGUGUCUUGUUUUCUUUAAAAAUUUCUUCCUUCCAAAGUCGCCUGCCAUGCCAACCGUCAUCAGCGCAUCCAUGGCCCCACAGACAGGGGCUGAGCCCAGGUCACCGGGGCCAGUUCCCCACCCAGCCCAGGGCAAGACCACUGAGGCUGGGGGUGGACAACCAAGCGGCAUCUAUUCAGCCAUCAUCAGCCGCAAUUUCCCUAUUAUCGGAGUGAAAGAGAAGACGUUUGAGCAGCUUCACAAGAAAUGUCUAGAAAAGAAAGUUCUUUAUCUGGAUCCUGAGUUCCCACCGGAUGAAACCUCUCUCUUUUAUAGCCAGAAGUUCCCCAUCCAGUUCAUCUGGAAGAGACCUCCGGAAAUCUGUGAGAACCCCCGAUUUAUCAUCGGUGGAGCCAAUAGGACCGACAUCUGCCAAGGAGAUCUAGGGGACUGCUGGUUUCUCGCAGCUAUUGCCUGCCUGACCCUGAACGAGCACCUUCUUUUCCGAGUCAUACCCCAUGAUCAAAGUUUCACUGAAAACUACGCGGGGAUCUUCCACUUCCAGUUCUGGCGCUAUGGAGACUGGGUGGACGUGGUUAUUGAUGACUGUCUGCCAACAUACAACAAUCAACUGGUUUUCACCAAGUCCAACCACCGCAAUGAGUUCUGGAGUGCUCUGCUGGAGAAGGCUUAUGCUAAGCUCCAUGGUUCCUAUGAAGCCCUGAAAGGUGGAAAUACAACAGAGGCCAUGGAGGAUUUCACAGGAGGGGUGACAGAGUUUUUUGAGAUCAAGGAUGCUCCCAGAGACAUGUACAAGAUCAUGAAGAAAGCCAUCGAAAGAGGCUCUCUCAUGGGCUGCUCCAUUGAUGAUGGCACGAACAUGACCUAUGGAACCUCUCCUGGUCUGAACAUGGGGGAAUUGAUUGCACGGAUGGUGAGGCACAUGGAUAACUCGCUGCUCAGGGACUCAGACCUCGACCCCAGAGGCUCAGAUGACAGACCUUCCCGGACAAUUGUUCCAGUUCAGUAUGAAACAAGAAUGGCUUGUGGGCUGGUCAAAGGUCACGCCUACUCUGUCACUGGGCUGGAGGAGGCCCUGUUCAAAGGUGAGAAAGUGAGGCUGGUGCGACUGCGGAAUCCCUGGGGCCAGGUGGAGUGGAAUGGCUCCUGGAGUGACAGCUGGAAAGACUGGAGCUUUGUGGACAAAGAUGAGAAGGCCCGUCUGCAGCACCAGGUCACUGAGGAUGGAGAGUUCUGGAUGUCAUAUGAUGAUUUCAUCUACCACUUCACAAAGCUGGAGAUCUGCAACCUCACAGCCGAUGCCCUGGAGUCUGAUAAGCUUCAGACCUGGACAGUGUCCGUGAACGAGGGCCGCUGGGUGAGAGGCUGCUCCGCCGGAGGCUGCCGCAACUUUCCAGAUACUUUCUGGACCAACCCGCAGUACCGUCUGAAGCUUCUGGAGGAAGACGAUGACCCUGAUGACUCUGAGGUGAUUUGCAGCUUCCUGGUGGCUCUGAUGCAGAAGAACCGGCGGAAGGACCGGAAGUUGGGAGCCAACCUCUUCACCAUUGGCUUCGCCAUCUAUGAGGUUCCCAAAGAGAUGCAUGGAAACAAGCAGCACCUGCAAAAGGACUUCUUCCUGUACAAUGCCUCCAAGGCCAGGAGCAAAACUUACAUCAACAUGCGGGAGGUGUCCCAGCGCUUCCGCCUGCCUCCCAGCGAGUAUGUCAUUGUGCCCUCCACCUACGAGCCCCACCAGGAAGGGGAAUUCAUCCUCCGGGUCUUCUCCGAAAAGAGAAAUCUCUCUGAGGAAGUUGAAAAUACAAUCUCUGUGGAUCGGCCAGUGAAAAAGAAAAAAGCCAAGCCAAUCAUCUUCGUUUCAGACAGAGCAAACAGCAACAAGGAGCUGGGUGUGGACCAGGAGUCAGAGGAGGGCAAAGACAAAACAAGCCCUGAAAAGCAAGAGAGAUCCCCACAGCCACGGCUCAACAACACCGACCAGGAAAGUGAGGAACAGCAGCAGUUCCGCAACAUUUUCAAGCAGAUAGCAGGCGAUGACAUGGAGAUCAGUGCAGAUGAGUUGAAAAACGUCCUAAACAAAGUUGUGAACAAACACAAGGACCUGAAGACUCGAGGGUUCACACUGGAGUCCUGCCGCAGCAUGAUCGCUCUCAUGGAUACAGAUGGCUCAGGGAGGCUGAAUCUGCAAGAGUUCCACCACCUCUGGAAGAAGAUUAAGGCCUGGCAGAAAAUCUUCAAACAUUAUGACACAGACCAGUCCGGCACCAUCAACAGCUAUGAGAUGCGAAACGCAGUCAACGAUGCAGGAUUCCACCUCAACAGCCAGCUCUACGACAUCAUUACCAUGCGGUACGCGGACAAACACAUGAACAUCGACUUUGACAGCUUCAUUUGCUGCUUUGUCAGACUGGAGGGCAUGUUCAGAGCUUUCAAUGCAUUCGACAAGGAUGGAGAUGGUAUCAUCAAACUGAACGUUCUUGAGGGACUUUCUAAGAAAGAUCUGUGGGGAAGAAGGAUGCAGGGAACAGGCUGCUCCUCUGAAAAUCUUCCUGUUGUCUAUUUCCUCUUCCCCUACCCUUGGCUGCAGCUCACCAUGUAUGCAUGAACCAGGCUGGUCUCGUUCAAGGUUGUGCGGGAUCACUCCUACCAAUACAGCUAGAGCCAUUUACCUCAAAAGACUCAGUAGGUGCACCCUCGCCAGGCCUCCAGGUGCUUCCUUGGUCUUGUUUCUCUUCCACUUUGCCCCCUUACUCUGUGUAGAUGUCCUUUGCCACAGGAAGGCAAGUCUGCCUCAGCUAGGUGCAUCCUAGCUGAGAACCUGCUGAUUCUGAUCAGCCUCAGCUCUGAAGCAAAUGCUUCACUUUAGCUUGCACUAGGCUAUUUGCAGAAGCAUUUGCCAAUGCACUCAGCACUGGCUCAUGCUGGAGCUCUCCCACCUUUGUUCUCUCACUCACGGGACAGUAGCCAAACUUGCACUUGGUUGUAUCUGACUAUUUUAAGAUGGACCUGCUCUGGGGUAAACUAACUCAGUGGAACACGGCUGGAUACUUUGGGUUGUCUGACUCAUAAGUUUGGCUGCAUUCUAAAACAAAUUAAAUAAAGGCAUGUGUACAGCUGGUUCCACCAUGCUUUGUGUUCUCUCAUUUAGUUAGCAGCCACAGCAGGACUGAAUGCCUUUCUCUCAUAUACUUACCAUCACCUAUAGACCUAGUUUCAGUCUCCAGCCACACCACCCUGAAUGUGCCCAUCUUGGAAGCUAAGCAGGGUGGCGCCUUGUGAGUUCCUGGAUAAGAGAAAGCCCUAGUUUCAGAACAGAACAACAGGAAACACACACCAAAACAAAACACAGAGCCCCGCUUAAAUCAUGCCUAUUGCUACUUCUUGAACACAGGAAUCACUCAGAUGUAUUCUAAAAUAUAUAAGGAGAAUAGCUGUUGGUGUAUGAACAUCAAGAAUAAGUGGCUAACCUUUUAUGGUGACUGGAGGGGCCAGUGGUACCAAAGGGUAAUGGAAUACAGACACUUGCACUGACCUGUUCAGACAUUAGACAAACCCUGAGUGUAACCAUUUGUCACUUUAUCUGGACCAUGGUCUGUGGUGCAGCUGUAAGCACCUUGUGUUUUCUGCCCAGCUUCCUUUUUGGAAGCUUUUCAUGGAAAAGAAAGGCUCAGACAUGAAAAUGCAGAGAAGGGAACAAAAGUAAACAUUCCAUUAAUAAAAGUACUUUAUUUUCCUCUUGUAUUUGCUUUAUAUCUUGCUUUACAAAGUUAUGAAGUUCACAGCUUUAUACCAAAAUGUAAGAAGACUAGGCUGUUUGUUUAUAAACAUUUUUGCAGUGGAGUAUCAUUUGAUUUCUUUCUUCUAAUCCACAUCCAGUAAAAAAAAAAAAAAA